GCCUGAUUACCCUUUAAACUUUCCGAAACUCAUCCAAAUUGUGCACAUGAAUAUUGUACCGGUUCUAUGAGCAUACCUCCCAACAACGGGAUAAUAAGACGCAUUCAGCUUUCCUCAGAUCCGCUCUCCCUAAUCAGGAGUCUGAAAGAGGGUGGAAUAUGUUUGCGGUCUUUAAGUUCUCAACCGGAAUUCCGGAGCCUGCUGUGCAAUUUGGUCCGUCAAUCGUUUGGGUUGGGACUGAAGUUGUUGAUCGAUUGUGGUUUGGAUCUCUCCGUCCAUGAUCCCCAUACCGGUGACUCACCACUCUUGUUGGUUUGUAUGGAAGGCCUUUGUGGACCCACGAAGAAAUUGAUCAAGCAUCUGCCAUGGCCAAGCUUGCUGCAUGCCAAUACGUCAGGGGUCACACCGCUAAAGAGUCUCGUGACAAGAGGUCAUGGUUUGUGUGGUUGCAUCGAGGAGUUACUCGCUCAUCUCCCUCUCUCUGUAUUAAUUCUACCCGAGAAUAUGUAUCACUCUUUGACCCUUGCAACACAGCUUGAGCAAUUUAGCGAUAUGUGGACUUCAGAACAAGUGAGGAAUGGUUUCGUGACAAUGUCUCCGAACAUUGGCUCGGUUGAAGGCAACCAGAGCAAUGUACUGCUGUUGUCUCUGAGUAAUCUGCUGGACCGUAUUCAGUCAUCGGAUCCUAAACGCAUGACUAGUGUUGUGCAGCUAUGGAUACAGGCUAAUCUGCUUUUGAUGCAAAGCACAGACAAGCCCAUUCAGUAUGAACAGAACCUCCGAACCAUAGCUAAAAAACUGCUGUCUCCUAUUUUGUCCAAACCUGCCCCAAGCAACUUAUUAGUAGGAAGACUGUUGGAACUGCUGAGUCGUCUGAUCAUUCUGGACCAACUGGAUUCUCGAACGGUCUGGUUUCAACUGCACGACAUUCUUAUUGAACAAGGAUUAGCGGAAGGCAGCGAUUAUCUAUGUCAGAACAUUCGAUUCGCGGCAAACAGAUCGGAAGUCCCGCUAAGCCUCCAGUCGCUGAUUGUGCGGCAGCUCCGCCAACUUUUUCAGCAACGAUUUGUGCAAUCCUGUCGGUCCACACCUGGACGACCCGGGGAAAAUGCUCUUAUUUUCACACAUUGGACCGUGCAAUUACCUUUACCACAAAUUGUGAUAUCCCGUAUUUUGUUAGCACCCAUAGAUUUUUCUGAUCUUUGAUCACCCGAUUUAACUAUUUCAAUUGCAUUUAGAAUCCUAUCCCCAAUUUGCCUUUCAUCAAAUAUUCAUUGUUAAUUCAAUGAAAGGGGUUUUUUGAUCUUACUGAAAAAAUGCAAUAUAGACAAGAGGGGAUUAGAUACACGGGAAUCACACGAUGGGGCAAGGUGCUGUCGUUCGCAGUCAAUCAUCUGCCGUCGAAACGCCUGUUGGUCGGUGGAACGUGAUGGUACCGGUUUCGGGGUCUGAGCAGUGAAAUUGAAAGAAUAACCAUUUAUGAGGAGGCAAAAUACCGCGGGGAAUGGUUGGUUAUGCUUAGAAAACGAAAUAUGGUGCCGAAUGUUACGUCCGCGCACCGUUUGCUGUCAGCUACUAAGCGGCCAACUUUAACGGAUUUGUUGCCUUCUCUUUGCAAGAUUAAAUGAACAGAGUAAGACAAACGCUCCAGGUUAUCCUUUACAUGAAUAGGAGUUAGACGCUUUCGAAA